GUCAAUGUGAAUAAAUUAAUUUUAUUGAGAACAAUAUAGUUUGAAACUGCAAUUGUAAAUUAUCACGUAUUUAUUACAAAAGAAAAUACAUAUUUCAACAUGGAAAGGAGCAUAGCUCAGUCGUAUAUUGUUCCUCGAAAAUCUUUUGGCAAACAACCUUUGUUCAACGUAGUGGGCCCGGUAAUGCUGGAUUCAAUAAAUCCAAAUGUUGCAUACCAGAAAGAAUAUGUUGUACGCAAUCCUGUACAUUGCAGCACUCAAGUUGUACUACCUAAGUCUGAACACGAGGCAAACACUACUAUAGUUGAAAAGAAAAAUCAAGGUAUUAACCACGUUGAGGGCGGUUGGCCAAAAGAGGUUCAUCACGACAACGAAGAAGAAACUACACGAUAUCGUCGUCGCAUUGAACGUGAUGAUGCUUACGUACAUUCUGUCCUGAGUCUUGUUCCUAAAUUUGAGAAAUUAAUUUCUCAAAAUAACGCUAUAGAUAUCUAUCAACAAUAUUUUCAUGGUAUGGAAGAGUUAUUAUCCGCUGAAAAAGCUACUGCUAAAUUGAACAACACUUACCGAGAUCCAGAUUCUCGUCCCGUAGCGGGUCUCGCUUGGACCAUUGAGAAUGAUCCAAAAUUGGUGGUGUCGUACUGUGACAAAAAGUACCCUGUACACGGAGCAGUAAAUAAGAAAUUCACCUGUUACCAGUGGGAUUUAGAAAAUCCAGAAAGCCCAGCUAUUGAGUUUGAUCCGCCUGCCGCUUGCUGGGAUUUAGCCUGUUCACCUUCUAAUCCUUCAAUUGUCUUGGGAGGUCUUGAAGAUGGCAGAGUCUGUGUGUUUGAUUUGAGUGCUCAUGAUCACUGUGUUUCCGUAAGUCCACCACACACGGCACACAGAGCACCAGUAACUGGUCUUCUCUACGUUCAGUCACGUGAUCAUUCCGAGUUUUUUACUAGCUCAAGCGAUGGACUAUGCAUGUGGCAUGAUUUGCGAAAUCUUUCUAGACCCAUAGAUAUGUUAAUUAUGUCUGUAAAUGUUCCUCAAGGAGAUAGUAUUAGUUUAGCUAAUGCAGAAGGUAUAACUUCCAUUCACUAUGAUCGCAAUCUUCCUACUAGAUUUUUUGCUGGAACCGAAUCUGGUCUCGUUAUAAACGUUAAUAGAAGAGGUAAAACUCAAGAAGAUAAAAUGAGCUCUUUGUAUCAAGCACAUUUUGGUCCAGUGAGAGCAGUACACCGUAGUCCAUGUACCAGUAAAAUGUUUCUAUCUUGCGGUGAUUGGACGACUCACAUUUGGAGUGAAGAUAUAAAAGUGAGCCCUAUCAUAUCGGGAGUUAUGCAUCGUUAUCAGAUCCUCGAUGCAGUAUGGGCACCAGACAGGUAUUCCGGUUAUAUGACUGUUUCAGCAGAUGGUUACUUUCGAUAUUGGGACCUACUACGCAAAUAUCGCGAACCAGUUUUAAGCAUGCCAUUAGCUAAUAACCCAAUAUUGAAAAUUUCACCUCUUGCGGAUAGUCAGUUUGUCGCAUUUGGAGGUAAAUGUGGCAGAGUAUUUUUAGUUUCUUUGUCAAACGUUUUAUGUUACACUGAUUCACGAGAUAAGCAAUUAAUGUUGCAAACUUUUGAGCGUGAGAAUCACCGCGAAGCAAUACUUACAGCCCGUAUAAAGGAGAUUCGUUUAAAAUUUAAAACUGAGGAUGUGUCAGCACAAGUCCCUGAGGAAGACUAUGACGAAGAAAGUCUAGUUAGAGCUGCUGAAGAAGAAUACAGGAGACAAGUAAUAGAACAAAUGCGUAGUUUACAAGUACAGGGGUCUAGAUUCGAAAUGCGUAAACGUUAAAUAAUUAUGUUUUACUUUAAAAUAAAAUUUUCUAAAUUUUCUUGUGUUAGAAAAACUAUUAUUUUAAGGAAGUUCUUUAUGUUUAUUUCUUUAAGUAAGUAGUCAUUUAAGUUAUUCUUGUGUUACUUAAGGAACAUUAUAGUAUAUUUGUUGUACUUUC